ACACGUCAUAAAAAUCAACAACACGAACACAUCAAGAAAGUGGCCCAACAAAAUUAAUUAAAAUUGUAUUUUCUCCACUAUUGUACUGGGUAACCUAUUUUGAUAUCAUAGUUUAAAAUCAGCACAUAAAUAAGGCUGUAAAAAUGGAUGAAAGUAACAUACCUAUUGACAUAAACAUAGGCAAGCUUCAAGACUGGCUUGUGAGCCGUAGACAUGUUAACAAGGAAUGGCAGAAAAGUAUAAUUGCUGUGAGAGAGAAAAUCAACAAUGCAAUACAAGAUAUGCCAGCUCAUGACGGUAUAGCCAGCUUACUCUCUGGGUCUUAUAUCAACUACUUCCACUGCUUGAAAAUCGUAGAGAUCCUGAAAGAAACAGAGGCAGACUCUAAGAACUUGUUUGGGAGGUACGGUUCGCAAAGGAUGAAAGACUGGCAGGACAUAUUGAGAACUUAUGAAAAGGAAAACUUGUAUUUGGCUGAGGCAGCUCAGAUGCUGGUUAGAAACAUUAAUUAUGAAAUACCUGGACUGAAGAAGCAAAUCACUAAGGAAGAACAGUUACAAGUUGACUGUGACAAGAAAGUAGCAGAGUAUGUGAAGGGCGAAGCAUCCAGCAAGGCAGAGUUUGUAGCGUUGUGCAAGCAGCUCGGGAUCAAGGGAGACAAGAUCAAGAGAGAGCUGGUUGAGAGGAUACAGGAGCUCCCCGAGAUCUAUGACAAGAUUGGAAAAUCACUAAAGCCACUAUUACCGGCCAUAGAACUGUACUCUGCAUUCACCAAGUACAUGCUAGGGGAGAGGGCCACAGAGGUGUUGCCGUUACUUCAGUUUGUGGUGGAGCGCGGCAACACCACAGUUUACGAAUGGAGGUACGGCGAGCCUCCCCUGAAGAUUGAGCCCGAUCCUGUGAAUAUCGAGUUUGAUGAUGAGGAGCAGCAAGGCAGUGGUGAUCAGAUAGACUUUGGUGACCCCGGCGAGAUAGACUUCGGCUCGCUGUCGACGGACGCGAUCGACUUCGGCGACGGCGACCACGCCGGCGGCGAGAUCGACUGGGGCGGCGUCGACGCAGACGUCAAUGUCGACCCAGUUGACCUAUCAGCGGACCUAGGCGCGAUAUCCCUGUCCGAAUCCGGCAUUGUAGUUGAAUCAGAUGGCGUGAGCGGCGGCGCGGCGCGCGGGGCCGACGCGCUCAGCGUGCUAGACGCACCGAGUACACGCGCACAGUUCCUGCAGCAACUGUUGGAGCUGGAAUCAUUCCUCAAGAUGCGUCUCUACGAGUCCACCCAGUCUGCUUCCAGCCAGUCGUUCUCGCUCAUCCAGCAACUCCCCACGGAGUCUGCGGCGGCCCUGACGGCCAUGUUGGACGCCGUGCAGGUCGCCACGGCUCAGUACACGCAGCCGAUCAAUGUGCAUCUGCAUCAUGUGAAGCACUCGCCCAGAUACGUGGACGUGCUAGCAGCUCAGCUCAAGCAGAAGCUAACUCUCUGUGAGAAGAUGGCCACUCUGGCCGACAGAAGCAAACAGAAGAAGGCGGCGGCGGCGGCGGAGGAGGCGGCCCUCAGGCCACUGCUCACCAGACUCGUAGACAACACCAAAGUGUUGCAAGCUGAGAUUGAAAAGGACAUCUCAAAGAAGUACAAAGGUCGCCCGGUGAAUGUCAUUGGCGGCGUCAAAUUCCUAUAAAACAUGAACACACAAUAAUACACGGUGUGUAUGAAGAUAAACUCGUUUUAUUAUAUUUUAUUAUUGUUGACACUGCCAUGUUCAGUUUAUUGUAAAUACAUUUUAUUUUGACACAAUUUUA